CUUUUCGGCACCUACCGAAUCUGAUUGGACGUCAGUGCUCAGAGGUUAUAUCACGAUGCAGAUGUUUUGCAACUGUAGUGCGGGCGUUGCUCAGACAUAGUUACUAUAACUUUAUACACGACAAGCUACAUUUCUUAUAACAUUGUUUAGCCGGUACAGUCGUCGUAAAUCAGUCGUGGAAAAUGGCAAACGUCGACCUUGUUCAAAUUGGGAAGAACUUGUUGAAGAACGGUGACACUGGCGAGAGUGUGGAGCUCCAGUCCCUGUGGCAGGACCAGCCGGUGGUCUUGUUCUUCCUGCGCAGGUUUGGCUGUCAGGUGUGUCGAUGGAUGGCAGCAGAGAUCAGCAAACUGGAGCCGGACCUGAGAGCCAACGGUGUAGCGCUGGUGGGGGUCGGACCAGAGGAGUUGGGGCUGAAGGACUUUAAAGAAGGAAGGUUUUUCAAAGGAUCCAUUUAUGUUGAUGAACAAAAGAAAAGCUACAAGGAUUUGGGUUUUAAAAGGUACACAGCCUUAUCUGUGGUUCCUGCAGCUUUGGGGAAGAAAGUACGAGAUGCAGCUGCAAAGGCCAAUGCUGAAGGCAUUCAGGGAAACUUCUCAGGAGAUCUGCUCCAGAGCGGAGGCAUGCUCAUUGUGGCCAAAGGUGGAGAAAAGGUCCUAGUGCACUUUAUCCAGGAUUCACCGGGAGACCACCUACCUCUGGAAGAUAUUGCCAAGGUUUUGGGUAUCUCAACCAAUGCAAAAGCAGGACAGAUGCCGGUGUGCAAUGAUGCUGUUUGUACACGAUGAUGAAGGAGCAGCCCAUUGGACCAGAUGAAUAACUACUCCUCUGGAAGCUCAAACGGAGAUUUAAUAAGUGGAAUGUCAUCAAAAUGCUCAAGUGAACAUAAAUUUACUUUGUGACAGUCA